GGAAAAUUAUUUUGAAGAUGGAACUUGUUUGAGUGUUUAAGGACAUUAAACUCAUAAAAAAAGUACACAGCAACCGCAACUACAUACAGCUGACUGACUGGCGUACACGUGAAGUGGCAACCAUAAAAGUUUUCUUUUUUAAAAUCCUGCAACAAAUUACGAAUAUUAAACGAGGCCAAUGAAAGUCAAUGAAACAGAAGACAUAAAAUACACAUACAAAUAUCGCAGGAGAAAAAUAUUGUUAUUAUUAAAAGAAACAAAAAACAAACGCACUCAAAUAUUUCUCGUUCUGAGAGUUGAGAGUUAAAAGAAGAAGGCUUAAUUAUCCUUGUAAAAAUAAGAAAAAAUUCUAGGAAAAUUUUCAACGCCAAAAAUAUGCUAGCGCAAACAUUAUGGAUGAAGCUGAUGUUUAUUAUACCCAGCUGAAUAAGGAAUACAACUAUAAUAAAUUAUAUGAAAUACACGAAAUAAAUUCUUUGCGAAAUUGUGAUACAAACAUUAAUGCAGAGAGCAGCAGUUGCCAUAGCAAGGAAAGCAAUAAAAUUGGCAACAGAUAUCAACACACUCGUAGCAGUAGCAAUAGCAGCAGUUGCUCUACCAAAGGCUGUCUUAAGUGUGGUCAGUGUCAUUAUAACAAACAUUUUAAUAGACUACAAAAAAAUCCCUACAUGUACUCCUAUGUUGCACAUGCCAUAACUGCAGCAGCCUCAACAGCAGCAGUGGCAGCAGCCGAAACUGCCACCUCCACACAUGAACGUCUCAAGUUUGUGUAUGAUAAUUCUCAUGCCUCAUCGUUGGCUGCCUACGAUGAGAAUAUCUUCAAUAAUACAUUUAUUUUAGCCACCUCCUCAUCAUCAUCAGCAGCAUCAUCGUCAUCAUCAGCUGCCUCAUACACAUCCUCAUCCUCUACAUCCGCCACUUCAGCCUUUGCCAUUUCGUAUGGCAAUUUAAAUGAUUCCACUUCAGCGGGCUCUUCAUCUGCGUCCGCCUCUUCAUCAGCCUCAUCAUCACCUGCCUCAUCGUCAGCCGCAGCUGGUUCAACGCCUUCGUCACCUCUAAUUGAAGUGGGUGUUAAUGUUUCGCUGACGUCAUCGGAUGAUUGGUCACAUUUUUAUGAUCUCGUGCUGUCGUGGCAGGGCAUUUGUCUUAUUGCCGUCUUUUGCGCCUUCAUUGUGAUCACCAUUAUUGGCAAUACCUUGGUUAUAUUGGCCGUUAUAACCACACGUCGCCUUAAAACGGUUACAAAUUGUUUUGUAAUGAGUCUGGCGGUGGCGGAUUUGCUGGUCGGUAUAUUUGUCAUGCCACCUGCUGUAGCUGUACAUUUGAUUGGUUCCUGGCAACUUGGUUGGGUACUUUGUGAUAUUUGGAUUUCUUUGGAUGUUCUCUUGUGUACCGCUUCCAUAUUAAGUUUAUGUGCCAUUAGCGUGGACAGAUAUUUAGCUGUAACCCAACCUUUAACUUAUUCACGUAAACGACGUUCGAAACGUUUGGCGCUCAUCAUGAUACUCAUAGUUUGGGUUUUAGCUUUGGCUAUCACCUGUCCACCCAUAUUGGGCUGGUACGAGCCAGGACGUAGAGAUUUAAAUGAAUGUCGUUACAAUCAGAACGAAGGUUAUGUGAUAUUUUCAGCAAUGGGCUCCUUCUUCAUACCAAUGGCCGUCAUGAUUUAUGUCUAUGCAAGAAUUUCCUGUGUUAUAGCAAACAGACAUGAUAAUAUGACCGAUAUAAGUGUCCAUAAUAAGAAGUUCAAACGUUAUACGGCAGCAGAUAUUGACAAUGAAUUGGAUCCGGAUUUAUCAGAAUUUGAUUUAAGCUCUGGACAAAAGAAACAACAAGCCGCCAGAACUCUAUCAAAUCAAACAUUGGCCAAAGAUUUACAAGAAAUUAUGGCUUCCGACAAUGAAAUUGCCAAUACAACACAAUGCCAUACAUUGCUGGUGCUGCAGCAGCAGGCAGCCAACUCACCGACGGACAAAAAUGGUUGUUACGAGAUGAAAAGACCAGCCUCAUUGAAACGUACACCCACUGCCUCCUCCGUCAUAACCACCAUGACGAGUACGACUAGCACGGGUGCGGCUACGGCAACAGCCACAGUGGCUAUGGGUAUGGAAAAUCCUUGGACAUUUACACCCACUACACAACAUCAUCAGCAGCAGCAGCAUUCACAUUAUCAACAGCAUGCACAUCCCAAUAAACAUAUGCGUACGCACAGCAUGCGUCAUCAGCACUAUUUAAAUACAGCUUCACCCAACAUCAACGCCACCACCACCACCAACACCGUCGCCACCUCACCCGGCAAUACUUUAACACCCGAUUCCAUAGUAACUGGCAGUGGUUCCUCCAUACUGAGACCUCAUACACCCCAGCUGCGUUCACAUCAUCACCAGCACACACAUCACUACACCACCAAAUCACUGUCAAAUCGUAUAUCAUCGUUGAAAAAGGAAACCAAGACCACACAGACUCUGAGUAUUGUUGUGGGUGGCUUCAUUGCCUGUUGGUUGCCAUUUUUUAUCAACUAUUUAAUAACACCAUUCCUGGACGAGGAUCAGGUUAGCAGCACGUUGGCCAAGGUACUGACAUGGCUGGGCUGGUUCAAUAGUGCCAUUAAUCCCUUCAUUUAUGCAUUUUAUAGUGUUGACUUUCGGGCUGCCUUCUGGCGUUUAACGUGUAAACGUUUCUUUUCUGCCUCCAACAAACCACAAUUUCCCACAAACACCAUGUCCAUACGACGAUAGUUAAAAAUGAAUGAUGCUGUUAAUAUUAAUAAUAAAAAAACAAAACCAACAACCACAACGUAUAGAAUAGAACAAUACGAUUAAGACACUAGUUAUUAAGGAUUUAAGU